AUGAUCGCGGUCAAAGCAAACCCUUUCGGAUCUUUGAAAGGCCUCCGUAGUGAGGAGAAUGGAGUGAACCAAGGAAUCGCUUUGGAAAACGGAUGUUCAAUUCGAGCUGGCGAGUGCAACGGAUUUUCAGUUGUUAGUGAAGUUGUAGUGAAGGAGGAACCUGCAUCUCGUCGCGAGGAGGUAGUAGAAAAUCAAUCUGAGGAUGGGUUCCUGCAGCAGCAAGAUCGUAACGCCGAUUUCGUCUUUUUCGGCGGCAACAAUCUGCCUUCCACUCAAGCUUCAACAGUCGACAUGAUUUAUGCCUGUGGUAAUCCAGGAUGGGAGAUGUGGACAGCCAGUGUCUCCAUGUGA